GGCCAUCAGAGACAUGGAUGCAACCACUGCUCCGCACCUCAUCCCCCCGGAAAUGCCUCAGUACGGGGAAGACAACCAUAUCUUUGAGAUGAUGCAGAAUAUGCUGGAACAGCUCCUGAUACACCAGCCAGAGGACCCCAUCUCCUUCAUGAUCAUUCACCUGCGCCGAAACAACGACAAUGUGCCGAAGAUCAUGAUACUAGGUCCGCCCGCCUCGGGGAAAACCACCAUCGCAAUGUGGCUCUGCAAACAUCUGAACAGCAAUCUCAUCACCAAGGAGAACUUACUAAGCAGAGAGUAUUCCUCUCUGGCUACGGAGGCAAAGAAAUAUUUCGAGACUUACAAGAGGAUUCCCAAUGCGAUGCUUAUCAACCUGGUCCAUGAGCGCCUCUGUGAGGACGAUUGCCUCAGACAGGGCUGGAUCCUGGAGGGCAUCCCUGAGACUCGGGAGCAGGCACUGAUGAUCCAGACCCUGGGGCUGGCGCCCAAGCAUGUCAUUGUGCUUAAUGCUCCCGACACAGUCCUGAUUGAGAGAAACGUGGGGAAGAGGAUUGACCCUGUCACUGGAGAGAUCUACCACACCACCUUUGACUGGCCCCCUGAGGCCGAAGUUCAGAACAGGCUGAUAGAGCCAGAGGGCAUCUCAGAGAUAGAGACGGCGAAGAAGCUGCUGGACUACCACAGGAACAUUGUCAGGAUCCUUCCUUCAUACCCCAAAUUCCUGAAAACCAUCAGCGCAGACCAGCCAUGUGUGGACGUCUUCUACCAGGCUCUGACCUAUGUCCAAACUGGCCACAGAUGCAAUGCCCCAUUCACCCCCAAGGUGUUGCUGUGUGGGCCAACAGGCAGUGGGAAGAGCCUGCAAGCUGCCCUUCUGGCCCAGAAAUACGGCCUUGUGGACAUCUGCUGCGGGCAGCUGCUGAAGGAAGCUGUGGCAGCCAAGACAGCCUUCGGGGAACUCAUCCAGCCAUUCUUUGAAAAACGGAUGACAGUUCCGGACAAUAUCAUCACCAGGGGUCUGGCUGACCGUCUGGACAAACAAGACUGCAUCCAGAAAGGCUGGGUGCUGCAUGGCUUCCCAAGAGACCUGGACCAGGCGAAGAUGCUGAGCGCUAUGGGCUACAGUCCCAACAGAGUGUUCUUCCUCAACGUGCCGUUGGACUCCAUCCUGGAGCGGCUGACACUGAGAAGGACUGACCCUGUCACAGGAGAAAGGUUUCAUCUCAUGUACAAGCCUCCUCCCACUGUAGAGGUCCAGGUCCGUCUCCUGCAGAACCCCAAGGACUCGGAGGAUCACAUCAGGCUCCAAACGGAGCUGUUCUACAGGAACUGUGGGGACCUGGAGGAUUACUACAGUCGGGCCAUCACCAUCAAUGGGGACCAGGACCCGUACACUGUCUUUGAGUACAUAGAGAGCGGGAUCAUUAAUCCCCUGCCCAGGAAAGUGAGCUGAGGUGUGCAAAGCCUGGAGCCCCGGUGACACUCGAAUCCCUGACCCCACACAACCUUCAGCAGACCCCACCCAGCCAAUAAAGACGCUACU